AUGGAUUUCCCAUUUGAAAUCACUCCAAAAAACUUUCUGAUUAGUCCGGAUAAUCCACUACAAGUGCAAGUGAAGAAUAUUUCCGAAAAGAUUAAAGACGUUUUUGUGACCGUUGAUUCGUUGCUUUUUCGAAUUCUCAACCCAACAGCUACGGAAAAGAAUAAAUCCCAAAUUUAUUCCGAAAUGAAGGCAGGCGAGACUUUGCAUUUUCAAAUUGGAUUGUUGGAAGAGGCAACUCUAAAUCUGCCAAUUGAAGAUGAUAAAGAAACCUACUUCAAAAGCAUCGAAGGAGACUUUUCAAUUAUUUAUGGACCUGAUCUUCUCUACACAGAUAAAAAUUUCCGCUGUGUACAUGUUUUAUCAGAUUUUGAUAAGUUUUUACGAGAGAUGCCGCUCGAUCCUGAGAUCAAGUAUUUUCCAUUAGCUCUGAAGCACGAAACGGAAGCGAUCAAGAAGCGCAAAAUCGAGCACGACAAGUAUAAGAAAAAUCAUUCGAAGGAAUUUGCUGAAUGGAACGCAAAGAAGGAACUUGAGAGAAAAGAAAGGGAAGCGGAAAGGGCACGAAUAAUCGCAUGGCAGAAAGUUGAAAAGAUGAAAAAGAAACGUCGUAAAUGCAUCCUUAUGUGA